AUGUCUGGAUUCAAAGGAAACAACCGUUCUUUCGUCCUCGAAGCAGUUCAACAUGUUACCAUCAGAGACAUACCCGUCCCAGAAAUCGAGGAUCCAUACGAUGUGAUCGUUCAAAUCAAGCAGACAGGCAUUUGCGGCUCGGACGUGCACUACUGGCAGCGAGGCCGCAUUGGCGACUUCAUCCUAAAUUCCCCCAUAGUCCUCGGACACGAGUCCGCGGGAACGGUUGUAUCCGUGGGCAAAGCAGUCAAGCACCUCAGAGCCGGUGACAACGUAGCCAUUGAGCCCGGCGUGCCAUGCCGCCACUGCUCAUAUUGCCGAAGUGGGUCAUACAAUCUAUGCCUGGAUACAGUCUUUGCAGCGACCCCUCCGCACAACGGCACGCUCUCAAAGUACUUCAAAACCGCUGGAGACUACUGCUAUCCGCUACCAGCGCAUCUGAGCCUGGAAGAAGGCGCGCUCUGCGAGCCAGUCGCGUGCGCUGUGCAGAUCUGUCGAGUUGGCAAGGUUCGCGGCGGCCAGACGGUUGUGGUAUUUGGUUGCGGGCCGAUCGGGCUCCUAGUGCAGAGUGUUGCAAAGCAGUACGGAGCCAAGACGGUGAUUGGGAUCGAUGUCAAUAGGAAGCGGUUGGAUAUGGCAAAGAAUGUGAUGCAGUCUGUGGAUGGUGUCUUCGAGCCACCACAGUGGCCGAGUACGGAGCCACAUGAUGCGGAUGCGGAGGUGGCGUUUUAUGGGGAUGUUGCGGGAACCAUUAAGAAGGACUUUGGAUUGGGCGAAGGUCCUGAUGUGGUAAUUGAUGCUACUGGCGCACAGAGUGCUAUCCAAACUGGUGUUCAGUUGUGUAAAAAGGGGGGAAUGUUUGUUCAAGCCGGCAUGGGACGUGAGAAUAUCAUCUUCCCGAUUACUAUCGCUUGUAUCAGAGACCUGACUAUCAGAGGAUCGAUUCGAUACAAGGCCGGCUGUUAUCCUGCGGCUAUUGACCUGGUGGCCAGUGGCCGUGUGAAGCCUCAGAAGCUUGUCACGCACCGCUUCAAGUUUGAAGAGGCUGAAGAGGCGUUUCAGAAGGUGAGGAAAGGUGGAGAAGACGUUUUGAAGGUGAUCAUUCAAGGUGUGGAGUGA